AUGCAUUCACAGCCGAAUUUACAAAACCUACCCGCUCCAGCGUUGAGGAAAAUCUUCAUGGGUUCUAAUUUCAUUGAAAUGCAAUCAUACCGCAAGAUCCAUCCAAAACUCACCUAUUUUAUUGACUCCGAAAAUCCCGAAUCCAAUUUACUGGUAGUGAUUGUGCAGGAGAAUGACGGAGGGAUCCACGUGGAGCUGGGAAGCCAUUGGCGCUAUGUUGAAGUAGACUACCAAAAACAUGAUGAAGGAUGUCUUGUCACUGCAAGCAAGACAACCUUAUUGACCGGCAAGGGAAUAGUGGAACGAUCUGAGGAUGACUUGGAAUUGGUUUUGAAGCAUCAGAGAAAGACACUGGAAGCAUUUUCUUUUAAGUUCACUUCUUCACUUUAUAAUGUCUUUUUUGACAAAAUGGCCACAUAUUUGGAAUCGAGAGAGAAGCCUCUUAAAGUGAAAGAGCUUACACUGGAAUGUCCGCAUACAAGUAAUUUCAAACGAAUACUCUCCUCUAUUGACAGUGAAGCGCUGAGAACAAUCCGUCUUUCCAAGCCAGUCACCGAAACUGCAGAUGAAGGAAUUUGGGACAUUCAUAACUUUUCAACUCUCGAUCAGUGGAUGAACGCAAGGGAGUUGUACAUUGAAAACAUGACGGUGUCUAUUCCAAUCCGGGAUCUGCUACAUUUCUGCAGAUUCGAAGUCUUUAUUCAAAGAAUAUCAGCGGAAGACGUCAUUUCGCUACGUCAGACUGCAGUUCAUUCUCACCAUUUCGAUUAUUUCUUUCUUGGCUUCGAAGUUUACUACGACGAACAGUAUCUCCUCGAAGUUCUGGGUGAACCAGAUGUGCAACUGACAGCUGAUAACGAUAGAGAGAGGAAAUGGUGGUUCUCCGUGGCUGAUGACGACCGGAUUGUUGAAGUUAUCAUCACCAAUGAUAAAUCGAUUGAAUUUUCGAAAACAAAUGGACUGGAAGCUCAAAAUAUCACCAUAAUUGUGUAG